GUAGUCCCGGAUGAAAGAGAAUAGACCACUUAACUACAACCUGAGGCAGCGGAGCCCAAGCUUCGUUAACACAUCAAAGUCAUCAGAGACAGGACAAGAAUCAACAAACACAGAGUCUACUGUCGCUGAGUCCCAGCAUCAACAGACAGCUACGUCUAACAACACUGCUGGAAUUCUUCAAGAAACGGGGGCAUAUCACUCUACGGUGGAAACAGUUGAUCAACAUGAGAGUGAUGAACAACUACCUAUAACAUCAUCAACUCAACCUUCUGAGGGAUCACUGGAUCAUCAUCAAAACAUCAUCACCGAACCUUCCGAGGAGUCUCAGAAUCCUCAUCAGAGUGUCGAACAAUCUAAUAACAGCAUAGUCGCUGAUAUUUCUGAAGAAAAUUUAACUCUUCUUCAACCAAACACUAUGACAACUGUCCAACCUAACAAAUUCAAUGGCAGUGAGUCACCAUGCAUCUGGCUUUCGAAAUUAACUGCAUGGCAGAAGUCGAACAAACUAACAGACAAAACGGUGCUGGACUACAUACCCUGCCUGCUAGAGGGAAGUGCAGGAACAUGGUUCCAGAUGGGAUGGGCGUGCAAGCGCAGACACAGGACCAGAUCGUAUUUUUACUAGAUUCCAAACUUUUCCUGUCUAUUCCACCUAACCCUUCUUAUUCUUAAACCCCUCUCCUGUGUACACUGUAUACGUUUAUGUUAAAAUUUUAAUGAUUUCUUGAAAUAAUUUAGUGCUUCUCAGUAAUGGUACCUACUGAUACUGACAUAACUGUACAUUGUGCACACUCUUUACCCUACCUUACUCCCUUCUUUCUAGUGUGCUCUGGACAAGAAAAGUACUAUGGACGGAAAAACUACUAACACUGGACCAACCUGCGAACUCUUUACGCUGCAGACACUACCGCUGUGUCCACAUAAUUGGACAAUACAGACCCCUGAGGACAUUUCUUCAGUGAAUAUUACCACCUCGUAUUUUUUCCUCCGUUACCUACACAUUCAGUGCACUAACUUCUCGGUCACUAACAAACAUACUAACCGCUCAAUGGACGUACCAACAACCAUUUUAAUAUCACCUUUUACAGCUUGGAAAAUUCGUAACAUUCUUAAGCAUCCCUACACAGCUUAUUUUCUUUUGUCACAUCACAACUAUUUUCAAAUACUGUAAGAUUUUUUUCCUUUUGGGCAUGACUUACUUUAAGUGUGUGAGUGAGAUACAUUAUGUUUUGAGUUUGUUCAGUUGGUAUAUCUACCACAUGCUUUGUACAUAACUAUUUUUUUUUUUUAAGUGUUUU